AUGGCGACCAUUGGAGCAGAUCCAGAGCUGGGACUCCCUGUCCCAGGAAGGGCAUACCCUAUUCUGAGAGACUACUGGCCGACACCCGUCACGUCCGUGCCAGAAGCGCAACGAGACGAUGCGCACAUCUCCUGGACACAGCCGGCAGCGCACAAGCCGCCGAACCAUGACUCCAUUGCAUCUACUGCACUGUGGUCACAGAAAGCGACCUCGGGACCCCCUCAAGCAUCCCCAGCAUCACUUCGCAACCACUUCGCAGCAUCCGAUAACCCUCGCGCAACGGCUCUUUACUAUCCUACCCUAAAGCCCAACAAUCACAAACAUGCGAGCCAGCAGAUAACCACCCCACGUGAAUCCAUGGACGAACAAACGCGUCCUGACGGAAAGACCAUAGACUUAGCCACACCAAUCUCCCGCGCGAGCACAUCGACGAUAAAGGCAUCGGAAGCAGCACCAAAGCAGAAAGUACCGCGGCCUCACCGCCACUCAAGCCUAUUCUCGGAAGUAGGAGGCCCAGGACUGUUUCUCCAAACCGCGGACUCUGAGCUCUGGCAGGAUUCGCUCGAAAGUGCUGAGGACCCUACCACACCACCAAAAGCGCCUCCGAAACUGAGGUCGGUCGCCGUAACACCUCAGCUGCCGCCGAUCAAUUCUCCCGGUUCACGGCUUAGCUUGGCAGACUUUCAACCAGGGCAUCACCGGGACUACUUUGGGCCCGAUGCACGCGUAGAUAUGCCCAACACGUCACCUCGGCAGAUUGACGGAACCCUGCCGCGACCGCUUUCUUUAGCGGCAUCUACCGCGAGCAGUGUAGGGAUGCUCGUAGCGAUGUAUUACAAUACUAUGGACCGGCCGAAGGAGACCCCCGAGACGUCGCCUAACCGGGAACCCACGUCCUCGGCACGUAUCUGCGCUCGAUACGGUCACGAGCCCGUUUUCAACGACGAGAUCGAGGUGAACGAGGGAGAUAGCAUGCUCAUUGAACAAGUGUUCAAAGAUGGCGCACGUUUCUGCGUCAUUCGCGCUACUUCGAAUGAGCUUGUACUCCGCUUCCUGUGCAUUGUGUCCAUUGACUCGCUCGGAGAGGUGGAUGUUAGAAGAUCUGAGGACAGCACCAGUGUGAAGUUCAUAACGGGCGCCUACGGGCUACCGGCUGCAAAAGCACCCAGGAUUUCUCGCAAGCAUCGAGUCUAUCCGGAACCCAUCGCGAACAACUACCUCCCGCUUACCGGACAAUCAGCCAUUCCGUCGCCUAUGGCGAGCGUCUUGCCUAUUCAGGCGCCCGUACCACCACUCCCUGCACCCAGCGCCAACGACGUACCGGGCGGAAACCGAUGGCGGGCCGGCGGCGAGGCCCCGCCAGCACCCCAUGGAAACGGCGACAAGGGAACUCCUUUGCGGCGGCGACAUGGCCACGACGCACAUCCACCCAAAUCCCGCUAUCGCCGAGUUGUGACAGCAGGAACAAGCGUGUCGAACAUUUGGCGCUACUCCAUCCGCGAGACGUCCCGUCAAAAAUCACAGUUCUGCAUCGGUUGCUGCUCCGUCUGCUUAGUCGUCUUUGCCGUUGCCGUCCUCAUGAGCGUCAUGGCAAUUACCCCUGUCGUGUUUCUGGGCAUCGCAGAACUGACCGCCGGAGAGACGGACAUGACCGUCUGGCCGGAUUGGCCGUCCGGAUAUACCCGACUGAAUUACACGCUGGCGCAGACGGUCUUGUCGGACAAGGCGAUGUACACUUACUCUACGCCAAGAGUAAACAAUUACAACAUGGCGUACUAUCCGUCAUCGAAGUGCAUAGGGUGGGAUGUGGCGAAUGCACCGCAGAACACGACAUUUUCCUACAUCGGGCCGGACGACAGUUCGGCGGACAGCGGAGGGACCUUGGCUUCCAAAGCCUCUCUUCGAGCUGCAUGCCAAGCCGAUCCCAAAGGCUGUGCACAAAAGGUGUGCUCUGGCGGGGUUUCAUUAUCAACAUGGGUCAUCGAUUCCGAAAAGGAACGCCUCUACGGAAUCGGCAGAACAUGGACAUUGCCACCGGUUCCCCAGGGCGGUGUCUAUAUAGGGCAGAGAGCAGCAAGAGCUUUGGGCGUCGGCGUUGGGGACUUUGUCCUUCUCAGUUACGACAUCUUCAUGUUCCCCUCGGUCUAUACUAUCGUCAAAUUCGCGACGACCGCUCAAGGGUUCCAAGAUAUCACCCUUGUCAAUACCCCUCUUCGGGUGAGCGCCGUAUUUGAUGAGGAAGCUUCGAACAAGUUCCCGCAGUGGGCUCGCACGGGCUACCUGGCCGUCUUGGAGUACAAAUGGAUCAUAGAGAACGUGGCACCCCAUCUCGCUCCUUCGUACCCACCAGCGUUCGGAGACCAACUCCUUGCGGGGUCGCGGAAUGGCGCACAGUAUGGCGAAGCGCAUCAGAUCAUCUUUGCUUGUGAUCAGCCGCGGUUUCAAUGCUAUCUGACGUCAAACUUCAACAAGAUUGCGGCCAGGAUCAUCAAGUGGGGCUCUGCUAUCAAGUUUCGCUUGGGGAUGGACCUCGUAGCAACCUCUCUCGAUACUCUGGGGUCUUUAAAGACUGUCAGCACCUUCUCCCAAUUUCUAUCGCUCAUCACGUCCAUCGUGGUAGCCCUCUUUGUCGGUCUUUCAUGUUUCCUGAUAUACAAUCUGCUGAUGGUUUCAGUGGAGACGAGAACAUUUGAAUUGGGCAUCCUGCGCAUGAUUGGGCAAACGAGGAAGGGCAUUGUUCAGAUGAUAUUGAUACAAGCAGCUACAUACUCUGUGCCGGCAUGGGCCAUCGGUCUAAUCCUAGCCCAGAUUGCCUUCGGCUUUGGGAAGCGCUUCUUGGAAAACAUAGCCAACAUCAAAAUAUCCGCCUUCCUCACAUUCUCCUCCAUCAUCACCGCCACGGUGCUGGGCAUCGCUGUCCCCGCCAUCGCCGCGAUCCUCCCCAUCCGCCAGGCGCUAUCAGGAAACUUGCGGGAUUCGUUGGACAAGAGACACAGCAAAGUCAAGCCGGUCGUCAUCACAAUCGAGCGAAGUGGGCCCGGGUCGUUGCAAAGCAUCAUACCGAGCGCAUUGACAGGUGCCGUGCUCGCAAGCUUGGGAUUUGCCAUCUACUACCUCGUUCCGAAAGCGCUUGUCGAUUCGAACUAUGGGAUGCUGUUCAACAUCUUCAUGGCGUUGUUGCUAGGCAUGCUGUUCGGCCUCGUGAUGCUCAGUUUCAAUAUGCAGCCUAUGGCGGAGCGGUUCCUGUUGUCGUUGCUGCUGAUGGUUGUGUUCUUCGAAAACGCUGCGGUUCAUUCGCUGGUGGCCCAGAAUCUGGUGGCGCAUCGCAUGCGCAACCGCAAAACGUCGGCAAUGUUUGCCUUCGCGCUGGCGUUCAUCAUUUUCCUAUCCGUUAAUUUGAGUGUCGAGUUGAACGGCAUGGAAUACGACAAAAUGCUAGCCAUCGGCGCGGAAAUCAAAGUCCGGACCGGAGACGACUACAAUGGCAUCAAACCGGAGUAUUCCGCAGCGAUCGAAGAUGUCUUGACACGAAACAAGCCGUUUGUUGUAGAUUGGGCAUAUGCAUCGUCAUCGAUACGCUCUUUCGACAGCGCUGUGCAAAACACGCAAGUGGCAAACCUCGGUCGCAUAGCCGCAUUCAACAUCGAAGUCAUCGCAGUGUCGCCGAAUUGGUUCAACAUGCCCAAACCAAGUCCGUUCAUCUACAUCGUCGACGAAGCAAAUCCAGUCCUGUCCGCAGAAUACCCCUCCGUGUCGGAACAAUUGUAUUCUCCAGAAGGUUUUCGGUCGGCUGCCAUCAGCACCAUCCUCCGCACGAACCUGGCUGUCCAGCAGCUCUCGAAAAGCCACACAAACUUCUCCGACGCGUUCCUUCUCAAAACGACCGUCAAUGGCCAAACAAAAGCGGAGAUAGAAUACAAAGUUCUGCAUCCGGCCGCGUUUCUCGAUUCGGCACCAAUGGCCAUCAUGACCAAAUUCCCCACGUCGCGGAGAACAACUGCCAUCGUGUCGUUCCCAACGAUGGUCGAUUUGACAAACGGUCGACGAACGUCCGUGGAUGAAAUCCCGAUCAAUAGCAUACAGAUUGCUCUAAACACGUCGGAUCCCGCGUAUCCCCGCCUUUCGGCAUCAUUGGUCGAUGCCCUGAACGCCAUUGUGCGGAGUGACGCGUCAGUAACUAGUCUAUACAAGGAGCAAGAGUCCAUCAAAUCCUCACGGCGACUGUUGAGCACCAUCUUCAAUCUCGCGACGCUAUUGGUGAUGCUGAUCACGCUGUUCAGUUUGAACGGGUGCAUGUAUACAAACAUCACCGAGCAGGCGAAGGAAUUAGGCGUUUUGAGAGCGUUGGGUGUGACGAAAUGGGGGAUUUUCCGGGUAUACGCGUAUGAGGCCUUCAUCUUGACCAGUACCGCGGGCAUGCUCGGGGCGCUAAUCGGAGCGGCCAUUGGAUGGUCCAUGGCAGCUCAACGAGCCAUCAUGACUCAAACGCCCGUCGGUUUCCCUUUCCCGUGGGACAUCACUCUCGUAGCCAUUGUGACUUCUGUAGUUUCUUCGUUCAUCUCGACUACAGGACCAGUGUACGGACUGGUCGCAAAGAGAAGAAUCGUCUCCAUACUGCGAGACUAA